CCCCCAUCUUCUGUUUCUUUUCCUCUCCAGACUCAAUCAGUCUUGUCACUCAUUCCUUAACAGGCAAACCACUCAUUCAUCCUUGAAGGAUUAUUCUACAUUCAUUCACUCCUUAACACGUUCUUUUUAAAGCAACUCGAAAUUUUUACAGCCCAGUCCCGGUGACGUUAACCAACAACAACAAAACUCUCAAUCAAGAUGCAUUUCUCAAGCUUCAUCGUUUCCAUGAUGGCCGCUGGCGCCAUGGCCGCUCCCCACGGCAGCUGGGGCAACUCCAACAAGCACUACAAGGUCGUUACCGAGUAUGAGUACGUCACUCACUACGUGACCGCUGGAGGCAACGCUCCCCAGGCCACCUACGUUCCCGAGCAGCCCGCCGCCGCCCCUGUCCAGGAGCAGCAGCCCGCCCCCGUCGUCGUCAAGAAGCCCAAGAAGAACCCUGCUCCCCAGCCCACCUACGUCGCUGCCCCCGAGCCCGAGAAGGAGGAGCCCGCCACCACUCAGGAGGAGGCCCCCGCUGCCACUCAGCCCAGCUCCGACUCUGGCUCCGGAUCUUCCAACCUCGACGCUGAUCAACAGAAGGCUCUCGACCUCCACAACGAGGCCCGCAAGGCUGUCGGUAACGAGCCUCUCUCUUGGGACGACUCUCUUGCCUCCGGUGCCCAAGAGUGGGCCGACCACCUUGCUCAGCUUGGCAGCCUUGAGCACUCUCAGGGUGAGGAUGGCGAGAACCUUUACAUGGGCAGCGGCUCCAACCCCUACUCCGCUGCUGUUGAGGCUUUCCUGAGCGAGAAGAGCCAGUACAACGGCGAGGCCAUCUCCGGCUCCAACUACAUGUCCUUCGGUCACUACACCCAGUGCGUCUGGAAGACCACCACCAAGGUCGGUAUGGCCGUCGCCAAGGACAGCUCCGGUGCCUCUUGGGUUGUCGCCCGCUACCAGAAGCCCGGUAACAUGAUCGGUGACAAGCCUUACUAAAUGUCAACGCCGACAUGGACGGAUGCUUAGGUUCGGGAUAGCUGGCAGUGAUCUUUUGAUGUAUCUUUUUCACUUCAAGUUAUGAGAGCGACUCACCAGGGCUAUGAACUCACAUUUCACUUCUUGAAUAAACCAUUCGCGUUUUCUUAUGCGGAUUAUUUGGUUUACUGACAAUAUGUAUAUACUUGUCUCACGCAAUUACGACCUUUGCAUUCACGUUCAUGAUAA